AUGAGUGAGCUUGUAAAUGCUGCAAGAACAUUAGGUGAAACAGGAAAUUUUGUCGAUGGUUUUAAAAGACUUGUUUCAAACGUUUUGACAAAGACAAAGAAAUUAUUUAGAUAUACCGUACAUAACGGACGGAUUUUCGAACAGAUAGCAACAAACCCUCCGGUUAUGGCUGCGUUGAUGAUGGUUAGAGAUAUAAAACCACGUAACGACGGGAACGAAGAACAUGAACAACAGGAUACUGGUCGGGUUAUUCGAGACAUUAAAAACGUGUAUCCUGAAGUUAUUGAUUUAUUUAGAGGAGUUAAUGAUUCAAUUUCAAAACAUUCUAUAACCCUCGAUGAAGAGAAUAAAUUAACAGAUUAUAUAUUCGUCAUUAUUGCAGAAUUAAUGAAGAGAAUAAAUGAAAAAGGAAUUGGUGAUAUCAUUAAUGUCAGCGAUGUAAUGAUGAAAAGAAAUUUUGACUCAUUAUUUACAAAACCGAAAACAGAAUAUAGUCUUUAUGACGUAAUUACCGAAUUAAUGAAAAAGAUUAAUGAUAAUAAGAGUUCUGGCGGAAGUGUUGAAUUAGAAGUGAAUGAUGUUAAUGAGAAAUUAGCCGAAAAAGCAGACAAAAAUGAGCUUUUAGCUCUGAGUGAUAAAGUCAAGAACCACGUUCAUUAUAUAACUUCAGACGAACAGAUUAUAACGGACUACCAUGGAUAUUUAACACGAAGUGAUGAA